AAAAAGCGGUUCGGAGAGUACGAAAAUCAUUCCAACUUCAAUUGAAGAGCGAACCAUUGAGCAUUAUCAGGAAAAUAUCAAGCCUUAAAUAUGCAACUUUUCCACAUUUUCGUUGUGGCGUCAGCCGUCUUCUUCUCCGCAAAUGGACAAGUGUCGGUUACCCAAGCUGAAUUUGAGGCUGGAGUAAUGACCAACGGGUAUCCAAAACCUACCAGCGCCCAAUAUCAAGGUUUCGUCAAUUCACUCUCCGCCGGCACAAUUACGUCCAAAAUGGAAGCUGCCAUGUUUUUGGCACAAACUCUCCACGAGUCCGCUGGUCUAACCACCAAGCGAGAAUGGGGCUGCUCCGGUCAGAACGGGUGUGCCGACCGAUACCCAGCAUGGAGCGAGUGGGUCGCCGAAUGUCAGGGUAGCAACCGUCCCUCCGGCGUCAGUUAUUAUGGGCGUGGCUACCUCCAGCUGACCUGGUGCUCAAACUACAUUCAAGCAUCGCGCGCCCUCGGUAAGGGAGACACCCUCAAAACCAAUCCUGACUCCGUCCCUCAAACGGAAGAUUUGUCGUGGGGUGUGUCCGCCUGGUUCUGGAAGGUCAACGUGCACUCCGCUCUUGGCGGCACGAACGAAUUUGGCCGAACCACGAAAGCCAUUAACGGUCAGACUCAAGAGUGCCAAGGAAACGGGCAAAAUGCUGACAAAUCAAGACAGCGUUACGCCUAUUACACCAAGGUCUUUGCUGCCUUCAGGAUUUCCGGAACGCCAAAUGAGGCUGGCUGCCCGUAUUGAGGGGGUUAAACCGAAUGAUAAAUGGUUAUGGUUCUGCACGAAAAUAUUUACCUGGUCAAAGUAUUACUGUUUUAAUUUGAUGUAUCAUUAGAAGAAAAUGUAGUAAAUUACUGAAUAAAUUUCUGAAGUGUGA